UCCAGUUCUAUACUAAGCUCUGAUUGGCUGCUCCUUGCCCGUCUUUUAUAACUGACGUUCCGAUUGGCUUAGAGUCCCCAGGAGGCGUGCGGAUGUCGGGGAGUCGCUGUCUCUCGGAUACGGCCCGGCCUCGUUGUGCUCCGUGCGGAGAUGGCGCUGCGCGUAGCGGCGGGCGGGGAGCGGGUGAGGCCUGCGCCGCGUCCGGUGUUUCGGGACGAGGCUGCGGGUCGGGGCGGCCCUCAGAGCCCAGACGGGCCGCAGGGGCGCCCCUCACUUCGCUUUUUCUCCCGGCAGGGACGCGGCGCUGCUCCGCUCUGGGCAACCGCCGCCAGCGGACACUGCGGCCUGCCCCGCUCCUGCCUUGAGAUCCGAGGCGUCGGCGCGGAGCUGGACGGGCCGGGCCGAGCCGCGCUGGGCCGCAGCAGGUUCCUGAAGGUGCGGGGCGAAGCGCACGGGCAGCAGCGGGACACGGCGGAGCGCGGAGCUGAAGCCACGAGCGCUGCGUUCAGCGCUGCUCACAUGAGAUCGAAUUCAGCUCUGAGAAAAGUGGAGCAGCUGCAAAACAAAAUCCUCAACAGGAAAAAACAGCUGGAACUGCAGAGCGCUGAGAUGGGCCCGGAGCCUUGGGAUGAAGAUUCAUCGUCUGCUUCCAGUCUUAAACACCGCGAGAGAGGCAAGAAAUACUUGAAGGGCUCUGCUGCCGUUGGUAGGAAUGUGGCUGCCAGCCAGGGCUGCUCUGAGGAAGAGGGAAGCACCCAAAGCCCCGAAAGGAACUUUAAGGUUACACAACAGCUCGGGUUGGGUGGUGAUGGGAAGCAAAUGGGAGAAUGUAUGGAGAGCUCUAUGGGAUUCUCCAGUGGAAGGGAGAACCAAAGGUGUGUUACAGCUGAUCCCAGGUGGAGUGGAAAGAGUCCAGUUUCACCAGGAUCGCCUCCUCCGUCUCCUAAGGAAAUUCUGCUGACAGAAGUAUCUAAAGUAGCUUCUCUUCACAGCAAAGACUCAGAGGAAAACGUUUUAGAUGGAAGGAAUUUGUUAAGACCUUCCUCAGCCAGCAGAAACCAGUCAGCACGGUGUGAUACGAGGUCUCAAUCACUGACUUCUUCCACGAAAGACAAUACUGUAAAAAUGAUUUUGCCCAGAAGAGGCAACGUUAAGCAAAAUCAAGCGUCGAGUGGAAGUGAUGGAAGUGAAAUAAAAUCAUUAGAUGAGUUAUUUUCAAAAGCAGAUGAUGUGGAAGAUUCAAGCAGCAUAAGCUCAAAUGACUUCAGACAGAAUAUCCUGAGCCUGGAUGAUUUGGCAUCAAACAUUAGUGAGACAGCAGAAUUAAAGCAGCAAGGGACGCACGUUCAAAUCAGUCCAGAAAUAAAUAGAAAGACAAAAAAAGACACAUUCCCAGUGGAAAAGGAUCCAACUUUUCCUAAAAUAAGUGCAGAAAUUGCUGUACCUGAUAGUUCUGAGAGGGCUACUGAAAACGUGACUGAAGCUGAAAUCCCUGAGCAAUUAGAAGUUUCUUCAUCUUUUUCUGGGCAUAGGCAGGAUUAUCCUGAUGGUGAUGACAGAACUGUUAAUUCAGAAUAUUCUGAAGACUUUGAACAAUCUCCAUCUACAACAGACAAGGAAACUGUAUCUAAAAUGUCAGUGGAACAUUCUGAGAGUUCCAUGUAUUCUGGAAAAGACCCAUCUUCUUCAGCAUCAUCCCCUUUACUUGCCAGAGAAAGGCACAAACGGGUACACAGAGUAGAUGUAAAAGAAACUGCAGCUCAGACAGUGGAUUUUCCAUUCACCUACUGCUGGUCAAAGACAAACAGCUCUGCAGUGCUUGGUCUGCCUGUUGGGAACAGCUACGUUGAUCCAGUACCUAUUGCCAGUCAUGUCAUCAGCAUGGAUGCAGUAGAAGCCUUGACAGCAUACAGUCCCUCAGUUCUUGUUUUAAAUGCCAUGUUAAAACAGCACUUGAUGUUGACCCAGCAAUUUGUGGAGAACAUCCAGUACCUUCACUUGUCCCUUGUGGAGUCCUUAGAGAAUGAGAAGUUCCACUAUCAUACACUGGAGGAGGCUAAAGAGUACAUCAAGAAUCACAAAUCCCCACCUUUAACGCUGCAACAAGCAUUUGAGGAAAUCCAGAAAGCAGAAGAGAUGCUGCCAUCAUCGUGAAUGUGAAGUAAAACAGACAUUUACAGAUCUCAAGUCAGAACAAGAAACCUUUUCAGGCUGCACAGGUUAAAAAGUUGCAAACUCUGUGCCCACUGCUCUGUGUCUUGUAAUGCAUCAUUUGUUUUCCUGCCUGUUUUCAUUAUGCUUUUAUGUUUUUACUACUGUGCAGGGAUAGAUAAGAGCUAUGAGUCAGCCUACAGCCUGGUUAGCAAAGAAGAAAACCAAAAUAGCUCUUAUCUAAAAGGACUGGGGUGAGUUGUUAAGUCUCUGUUUAUCACAUAGAUCAUCUGCUCUUUUGUCACGGUAGAAGUGAAAGUCUAUGCCACAGCAUCAGGACUACGAUGAUAGUAGGCAAAUACUGAGCUUCAUUUAAGCAAUCGCAUCAGGUUACUACAAAACCAAACAGGCAAAGUUACAGUAAGCUCAGUACAAGGGAAGCUUAAAGCAUAACACUGAGAUCCACUUACUCUGCAAUAUGAAGCACCACAUUAAUUUUUUUUUUUUAUUAAAAAAGGUGUUUAUUGGAAGGCAAAACAAUAAAAUUCACAAGUUGGUAACAUA